CGAAUUAUCGAUCGAGGAUGUUGAAGUAGUGUGGGUAUACAUUCAACGAUCAUGGCUUAUUCGCUAGCCAAGAGUCUACGCGCUACAGCUGCAGAGCAUCUUGAAUUUACAGGCGACGACAAUAUAGGAUUUACCUGGGUGGGCAAUGUGGAUAAAAGUGGAGAUUGGAAAAAAACGUACAGAGGGGAUCUAGCGAUGACUGGGAAAGAAAACCCGUACGGGUCGGUGCAGCUUGGAGGUACAAACUAUCAACGAAGAAGAACUGAUACCUCCGACGAUAACGACGACGAGAGUGACUAUGGAAACAGGCGAGGAAAUCGAUUAGGAGCAACGUGCGGCUCCAGCCACGAAGGUCCAUAUGGCGUAUCUAAACGUCAAGGUAACCCUGAUAUACUUGGAGCAACAAACACCUCGUCCGGUUGGCGUUCAAGUGGAAGAAAUCCUUACGACAAUAGGUUACCAAUGGAAACAUCCGACCGACAACAGCUUGGGUCUACAAAUAUAAUUCCAUCGUUUGACAAACAAAAUUUCCGUAAAACUAAAUUCGGGAGUAGUGGGCAAAACCUCCGUGUUACUCGAAAUCCCUACGGAAUUACCCAAUUGUCGAUUUUGCCAGAAGAGAGCGAAAGGGGGCCACCGGCUGGUUCAAGACCGUACGAUGAUACGUACCCAACUGAGCUCGGCGGAAUAGCCACCGGAGCCUACGACAGAAAAGAUGGUUGGAAAACGAUGUUGGCAAAUAGGAAUAUUACCGAUCAAAUUUACCGUCAGUUUGAUCAGAUCAAAAGGAGAUGGGCCCCCAGUUCAGGCCUCAGUGAGACCGGCUCGGUCAAGAAGUGGGACGAACAGAGCACGGACACAUCUUCUUCUACCGAAACCCGCUCUGGUUGCUUCUCCGACAGUGACGACUAUGACCACAAGAGCCUUAAGAAGCGCUGCCUUGUCGGCUUCAUCAUCCUGUUUGUCAUCCUUGUGUUAGCCGCCGCUAUUGUGCCAGCCGUGGUCCUGACCCUGAAAAAAGACUCAGGCGAUUCCCCUGACGUAAUGGAAAGGAUCGACAUGCAAGCGAAAAUCAACAAUUUCAACUUCACACCCGGACUGAAUGACAACACCUCAGAUGAAUACUACAACUUCACACACACCUUCUGUGAUGAGAUAAAUGCUACCAUGGCAGAGAAUAACAAGGCCGACGGACUCGUCAAGGAUCUCUUUGGUUGCACCGUUCAGUCUCUCAGUUCUGGGAGCGUUAUUGUGAAAUUCACUGUGGUGAUUAUUCACGGAGGGAACAAUGGGCCGCCAACCGAGACACAAGUAAAGAUACUGGUCGGCGUUGGUGACGGGAACACGGGGACAGUCAGUAUCGGAAUAUUCACUAUUGACGUUGAAACAUUCGUAGUUCAGGCUGUUGUUGUGGUGACCGCCGAAAACAACCCAUUACCAACAGUGAUUUCUUACGACGGUAUCUGCCAGCCGAAAGAUGAAUGCGAAACUUCUCUUGCCCGUUGUUUGGACGGAAAAUGCGCAUGCGCACAAAACAGAUACUACAAUUCCGUGAACGACUCGUGUCUUAAAGUGGACUGUGGACAGAAACCGACCGUGACACACGGAGCGACUGCGACUUCGGAAGGUUCUUUGUACGGAUCAAUUUUGAAAGUGACAUGCGAUGAGGGAUAUGCCUUGCCUAGCGAUCAGGAUCCAUUUAACGUAACAUGCGUCAAUAACAACAGUUGGGCAAACUUACCAGGAUGCAGUCCAAUAAGCUGUGGAAAUUAUACAGCUCAAAUCGAUAGCCAUAUACUUGGAUACGACCCAAACUCAUUUAUUGGCUCGGUGUUUAAUGAGAAUGUAACAAUUCUCUGUGUCGACGGAUAUGAAAACCCAGCUGAAAAGACAGAAACAUGUCAAUCCGAUGGAAAAUGGACGAGCAACGUUAGAUGCACCGCAGUCAGCUGCGGAAGUUUCCAGGCUCCCGAUCAUAGUGUCAUAUUUGAAAAUGGAAUCGAAUAUGAAAACACUGUCAACAUAACAUGCAAUCCUGGUUAUGAGAUUGAAGGUGAAUCAUCAUCGACAUGUCAAGCAAAUAGGAAUUGGACCAGUUAUGGAAAAUGCAAUCCUAUUCUCUGCAAAACUUUCGAAGUAGUUCAAAACAGUAAAAACACAAGUAUUGUCAAUGAUAUCCGAUUUAACGAACCAAUAAUCAUACUUUGUCAGGACGACCAUGUAUACGUCGGAGACACUUCUUUAUCCUGUGAUGAAAAUGGAGACUGGCCCAAUAUCAGUUGCGUCCCCGUGGCUUGCAGUGGCACAACAAAUAUUGACAACGGUAAAAUAUCAAAUGCAAGCGAAACCACGUUAAUCUACCAGUGCAAUGACGGAUAUGAAACGGAUGACAACAUUAUUGUCGAAUGUCUGAAUGAUCAGUGGGACUCACUUCCAGUCUGCACGAGAAAGGACUGUGGAAAAAUUGCGACUCUCAUGAAUGGAAACAUAACAUAUGUCGACGGGACCUUUUUUGGUGAUACAGCUGUAGUAGAAUGUGAUAUCGGAUAUGAGCUUUCACAAGAAGACAUAAUUCAGUGCCAAAGCAAUGGCACAUGGAAUUAUCUUCCAUUCUGUGACAAAGUAUAUUGUGAUACAUUCCCACCAAAUGCAGUUAAUUCAAGUUCUACAGGAUAUGGGUUUGGAGAUAGAGUUGAAAUUACCUGUGAAAAAGGAUAUAGGGUUAUUGAGAACAUUUCUGAAUGUCAGAGUAACAAACGCUGGGUCCCUGAUUCAGUUUGCCAAAUUAAGGACUGUGGAAAUAUUUCAAUUGAAAAUGGACAGAUCCAAGAUGAAGCAAAUACUACUUUUGGAAGUGUGAUAUUUGUUGCAUGCGAAGAUGGUUUAAGCAUUAUUGGAAAAGAACAUGUGUCGUGUUUAGAAACCGGAGAAUGGGACGCGCUUCCCAUCUGUGUCCAAUCAGAUUGCGGAAACUUGACACUUCCUGAACAAGCGUAUGCGAACGGCAGCAUCGUUGAAUGCACGGAUGGCUACACAUUGAAAGGCAAUUCAGACAUCAAAUGCCACAGCAAUGGAUCUUGGGAGCCUGUUGGAGAUUGUAAUCCAGUUUCUUGUAAUGCUACCGACGCUCCAUCAAAUGGUGAUAUUAAAAAUAAAACCAGCUCUCAUGUAUUUCAGACCAAACUGACGGUAAUGUGUAACGAGGGAUACCAACUUAAUGGUAGUGAAACUAUCGAAUGUUUAAGCAGUGGUAAAUGGAGCGUUAUCGCCGAGUGUCCACCUGUCACCUGCCUUCCAUUUACACUGCCCAAUAAUAGCAAUUUUAUCGAGGUAAACGACCAAAGUAAAAACACAUACAUGUCCAACUUUACUAUAAAAUGUCUAAAUGGUUACGAAAUGAAAGGAAAUGCAAAUGUAACUUGUCAAUCUAAUGGAACCUGGACAAUAUCUCCUGAAUGUGUGCCAGUUAUGUGCAAAAACUACACUGUUCCUCCCAAUGCGCAUAUCGCCGAGGGCGAGUCUCCUGCCAACUAUUUUAAUGAAUCUAUAACAGUUAUGUGCGAUUUAGGAUACGAUUAUGCUGAUAGUGCAUUGACCACUGAUGUAUGCCAAUCAAACAAAAACUGGACUACUCAAGUUUCUUGUGAGCCCGUUUCAUGUGGAGCCUUCGGAGAAACCAUAGAAUACGCUGAAAUGAGCCAAGACGGUAGCAAUUAUGGCGACAACAUCACAGUAACGUGUAACACAGGCUAUGUACUCAAGGGAGCGGAAAUCAUUCAGUGUGCAGAAAACAGAUCAUGGAGCAGUGCUCCUACUUGCGAACCCAUUAACUGUACACAACUGAGCGAAGUCCUUCCUAAAAAUGUAGUAAUUUCUAUGGGAAGCACUAACCCUUUUUCCUACAAUAAUACGGUUGAAUUGGUAUGCAUAGAAGGAUAUGAAACAAACAGUUCAACUUCAGUGACAUGCCAAGCCGAUAGGAACUGGACACCUUUUCCAGAAUGUGAGGCUAUAUCAUGUGGAGCCUUUGGAGAAACCAUAACGAACGCCGAAACGAGCCAAUACAAUAGUAAUUACGGUGACAACAUCACAGUUACGUGUUACACAGGUUAUGCACUUGAGGGAUCGGGAAUUAUUCAGUGUGGAGCGGACAGAUCAUGGAGCAACGCUCCUUCUUGCGCACCCAUUAACUGUACACAAUUGAGCGAAAUCCUUCCUAAAAACGUAGCGAUAUCUGAAGGAAGUACUAACCAUUUUUCCUACAAUGAUACAGUUGAAUUAGUAUGCAAGGAAGGAUAUGAAACAGACAGUUCAACUACAGUGACAUGUCAAGCUGAUGGGAACUGGACACCUUUUCCAGAAUGUGAGGCUGUUUCAUGUGGACCCUUCGGAGAAACCAUAGAAAACGCUGAAAUUAGCCAAGACGGUGGUAAUUACGGUGACAACAUCACAGUUACGUGUUACACAGGUUAUGCACUUGAGGGAUCGGGAAUUAUUCAGUGUGGAGCGGACAGAUCAUGGAGCAACGCUCCUUCUUGCGCACCCAUUAACUGUACACAAUUGAGCGAAAUCCUUCCUAAAAACGUAGCGGUUUCUGUGGGAAGCACUAACCCUUUUUCCUACAAUGAUACAGUAGAAUUAGUAUGUAAGGAAGGAUAUGAAACAAACAGUUCCAUUUCAGUUACAUGUCUAGCUGAUGGGAAUUGGACACCUUUUCCAGAAUGUGAGGCUGUUUCAUGUGGACACUUUAGAGAAACCAUAGAAAACGCUGAAAUGAGCCAAGACGGUAGUAAUUACGGUGACAACAUCACAGUUACGUGUUACACAGGUUAUGCACUUGACGGAUCGGGAAUAAUUCAGUGUGGAGCGGACAGAUCAUGGAGCAACGCUCCUACUUGCGGACCCAUUAACUGUACACAAUUGAGCGAAAUCCUUCCUAAAAACGUAGCGAUUUUUGUUGGAAGCACCAAUCCUUUUUCCUACAAUGAUACAGUUGAAUUAGUAUGCAAGGAAGGAUAUGAAACAAACAGUUCAACUACAGUGACAUGUCAAGCUGAUGGGAACUGGACACCUUUUCCAGAAUGUGAGGCUGUUUCAUGUGGAGCCUUUGGAGAAACCAUAGAAAACGCUGAAAUGAGCCAAGACGGUAGUAAUUACGGUGACAACAUCACAGUUACGUGUUACACAGGUUAUGCACUUGACGGAUCGGGAAUUAUUCAGUGUGGAGCGGACAGAUCAUGGAGCAACGCUCCUACUUGCGGACCAAUAAACUGUACCCAAUUGAGCGAAAUCCUUCCUAAAAACGUAGCGAUUUCUGUUAGAAGCAUCAACCCUUUUUCCUACAAUGUUACAGUGGAGUUAGUAUGCAAGGAAGGAUAUGAAACAAACAGUUCAACUUCAGUGACAUGUCAAGCUGAUGGGAACUGGACACCUUUUCCAGAGUGUGAGGCUGUUUCAUGUGGAGCCUUUGGAGAAACCAUAAUGAACGCCGAAACGAGCCAAUACAAUAAUAGUUACGGUGACAACAUCACAGUCACGUGUUACACAGGUUAUGCACUUGAGGGAUCGGGAUCUAUUCAGUGUGGAGCGGACAAAUCAUGGAGCGAUGCUCCUUCUUGCGCACCCAUCAACUGUACACACUUGAGCGAAGAAAUCCUCCCUGAAAACCUUGCAAUUUCUGAAGGAAGCGCAAAUCUUUUUCACUACAAUAUAACCGUUGAUUUAGCCUGCGGAGUUGGAUAUAUAAUUAACGGUACGAGGUCGGUCACAUGUCAAGCAAAUGGAACUUGGACUAAUCUUCCAAAAUGUAACGCCAUAAAAUGUGUCAAGUUUAUUCCACCGGAAUUCGGGGACAUUGAUAAAAGUUUUUACGUCGGUCAAUACCUUAAAGAAAAUGUAACGAUUAAAUGUCAGGACGGCUUUAAAAUAGAAGAUCCUACUAUAUCGACGGCUGAAUGCCAAUCGAACGGAACCUGGACAACUAGAGUGAAAUGCGUCAAGAUAAAUUGCGGAGAGCAUGAACAAGUAACAAACGGCAAUUUGGAUGGGUCAGAUGAUGAUUUUAAUAGCACCAUUACUAUUUCAUGCGAUCCCGGGUAUGCCUUGCCUGGACCGAAUAUAUCUACAUGUCAAGCAAAUAAGACAUGGUCAGAAAUAGGACAAUGUCUCCCCAUCACAUGUACCAAUUUUGAUGUAGUUGAAAACAGUCAAAACAGAAGUACCAUCAGAGAUAUUAAAUACGGAGAAGAUAUUGACAUUCUCUGUAAUGAUGGAUUUGUUUACGUUGGAAAGAAACCUUUAACCUGCUAUGCAAAUGGUGACUGGCCUGUUGUUAACUGCUCAAGAGUUACAUGUAAUGGAUCAACCGGUAUCGAUCAUGGAUCCGUUGUCAACACUAACGAGACCGCAUUAGAGUUCAAAUGUCAAGAUGGAUAUGAGUCUCUUUCUGGUCUUAUAGUGCAGUGUAUUGACGGUGAAUGGGGAACUCUUCCUAACUGCACCAAAGUCGACUGCGGGCAAAUUCAAGAUAUAGACAACGGUAGCGUAAUAUAUAUAAACAAAACAACCCUGUUUGGCGAUACGGCAGUGGUAAACUGUAGUUAUGGAUAUGAACCAUUGGAAACUCAAGAAAUAACUUGUCAAAGCAACGGUAGCUGGAGUCACUAUCAAACGUGUGCGCUCAUUCGCUGUCCUUCUGUGCUUGGUUCUAAUAUUUACAUAGCGAACUCAACUGCAAAUUAUUCGUUUGAAGACUCGGCCACAGUUGCAUGUGCGGCAGGAUACACAUUGGAUGGUAGCAAUGUGAUUGAGUGCAAAGCUGAUGGGAACUGGACCGACAUUCCCACGUGCAGUUUAAUAAAUUGCAGUAGUCCAAUUAUUGCGAACGGAAAUGUUACAUUUAAUACAACAUCAAAUGGUUCUACUGCAACCGUUAUCUGUGAGUACGGAUAUAUGCAUGAUGGAAAUGGGUCUGCCCUGUGUGAGAACGGAACUUGGCUCGGAAUAGGAAGUUGUGAGACUAUUGCAUGUAAUCCUUUCAUGCCACAGAAGAACAUGCGUACACAAAAUGAUUCUAAUGGAGAGAUUUAUCCUUUUAACAGUGUCAUUCAGGUGGAAUGUGACGAAGGAUAUCAGUUUACGACGAACGACACAACUCUGACAUGUGAUUUGACCGGAAAUUGGACUGUUCUUCCUGAAUGCGAAAAAAUUAUGUGUACAAUACAGAACGUAUCAAAUGGAAGACCAAACCCAGAUAAAGUAAUGUUUCUAAUAGGUGAAUUAUAUAACCUGACAUGUGAUGAAGGUUACGAUUUGUUGGAUGAAAGCAAUGUUACAUGUGAUGAAAAUGGAAUGUGGAACAAACAGCUGUCUUGUGAACCAGUUAACUGUACAGGUGAUAUUUCACUUGAAAAUGGAACGUUUUCACCUUCAAAACUAUUUUAUUCGUAUGGCAACGAAGUUUCAAUCAAUUGCAAUGAAGGGUUUAAGGUAGAAGGUUCAUCUGAGAUUCAAUGCCUUGCAAAUGGGUCUUGGUCACAUCUUCCUUCGUGCACACUUAUAACAUGCGGCAAUAUUUCUGUUUCUGAAAACGCCGAGAUUGUCGACGAUGGUGGAAACACAUUUGGUUCUAAUACAACAAUCAAAUGCAAACCUGGAUUCUACCUCACAGGAAUUAAUACGUCAAUGUGCAUGGAUGAUGAAAAUUGGUUAGAACUUGGAAAUUGUUCUCUGAUCGAGUGUGGGACGAUUCCUUUAAUAAAUAAUACAAGGAACAUAUCUGCGAAUUUUACAAGACAAUAUAAUUCGUCCAUAAGUUACGAAUGCGACGAGGGUUAUAACUUCUCCAAUGAAAGUGAUGCACAAAUUGUUUGCUCGCAAAACGGAAUGUGGGAAGGAAGUAUAACUUGCCAGAAAGUGAAAUGCUUAAAGCUGAACAUAGGAAAUGGCUCAAUCAGUGACGAAACGAACGAAUUCGGGGAUAUUGUUCAAGUACAAUGCAAUGAUAAUUAUACACUGACUGGGAACAGUGAAGUUCGUUGUUUAGCCAACGGGUCAUGGGAUGAUGUACCGAUUUGUGAGAAAGUCGUAGUGUGUCCAACUCUUACAAUAAGAAAUGGAAACAUAAACUUCACGGACGGACUUGCGAAUGUUACAUGUUUCGAUCUGUAUUCUCUAAAUGGUUCUUCAAACGUUGAUUGCCAGCAAAAUGGGUCAUGGACUGAGAUACCUAGAUGUGAUUUAGCAUUCUGCCAACCAUUAACUAUAGACAAUGGUUAUAUAAACGGUACUCAAACCGAAAUAGGGUCCGUGGUAUAUGUGUCUUGCAAAGCCGGCUACAAAGUAAAUGGUACUGCGAUCACAACAUGUGAAGCCGAUGGAAACUGGUCGGCAGAAGUUGUUUGUGAACUUAUGAGUUGUAUUUCGUUUGAUGUGAACGAAGGGGUCUUAUUUACCGUUGACAAUAAGACGGCGCCCUUUAACGGAUCAAUCAUACCGACCUGUAUUCCCGGCACUGUCUUUACACCUGGCUCAGUGAGAGAGAUAAACUGUACAGAAAAUGGAUGGAUAGGAGCUCCUGAGUGUGAAAUUCAGGGUCAAAUUUCAUUUGAACAGUACACGUAUUCAUUCCCAAGUGGUCAGGAAGCCGUUAUAAAAUGUAUCAUUUCGAACAACCCCAACUGGCAGCAUGCUGUCAUGAAGAAAAUGAACCAAACCAUUUUCAGUGUUUGGAAUGAUACUGGAUCUGUUAGAGUCACUGAUGAGAUUAGCAUUCAUACAUACACAGCGUUUCAUUCCUUGGAAUCGACCUUCGAAUUUGGUUUAAACAUAUCGUCUAUCAUUUGUGACGAUGCCGGCGUCUAUAUAUGCGAACUUGAAGCUGGUAAUUUUACUAGUGUGAAAUCUGCGAACGCCUCAGUUUCCUUAACAGGAACUGCAACUAUUCCAAACAUUUCUGCACCAGAAUUUAUGAACGCUGGCCAUGGAGGAGAAAUAAAAUGUACAGGAAAUAUUGGCUUUAAUGAAAACGGACUUACAGGAAACCUGUCAUUAUUUGUAACAACCGUCGAGCAGUCCAUACCAGUAUCAGAAAUCAACCAACAAUGUGAUGGAUACGCGGAGGCCGUAUUUAUGGUGCCUGGAUUUCCAAACAAUAUUACUGAAGUUACUGUUCGUUGUGAAACUAGCACAGUCGAAGGUUCCCCUCUGGUUUCAUCAAACAGGACGAUUGAAAUACGAUCUUCAUACGUCGCAUUUCCCGUGUCCUCAUACUUGCUGAAGAUAGGACAACCCGGGAGUAUCGUAUGUGAUGUGGCAAACAUUGUCAACUGGACCGCGGUUGUUAUUUCGAAGCCAGGCGACGCAGACUUUAUCGAAGUCUUUUCUAAUGGAACAAACAAUUUGCAGAAUGGAAGUAACAUCGAUUUGUCGAACUCGAACUUAACGGACACAGCAGUCAAAGUCGUUGUCAAUUUUAACAACGUGACUUGUUCGGAUGCGGCAAUGGAAUCUGGAACAAUAAACUACACAUGUACAGCUCGAAAUGGGGACGCAGUACUUGGCCAGGAUACAACUAAGAUAACAUUUCAACGCCCGCCUGGCUUACCAAUUCUCACAAUGGCUGAGCGAGUAUACGAACGAUCGGAUUCUUUUGGAGGACAAGAAUUUUCGUGCAAGGGCAACGUCGGCUCACCACCAGGAGAGAUAUACGUCGAAAGCACGUUCAUGGAUGACUCUGAAAUAUUUCAAACAUUUCUCACAUAUGACGAUACGACAAAAGUGGACACAAGCUAUGGCUGGGUAAAUGUCGGUCCAUUAAAUACGACCGUAGCAUGUGGUGUAGAAGUGGAAAUAAAGUUUGCAUUACGAGAGCCUCCUUUGUCCCUGCACAGGAAAAAGUUAAGAUGUGUCAUUAAGCCUUCUACAGAAAUCGUGAACGAAGAGUCAGUUUACUCCGACGUAGGAAUUAUCAUUGUAGUUCCGGAGAGCGUUUGUGAAAGUGAAGCUGCUCAAAAGAAAGUAGAACAUCCAUAUACUUGCCAUACAUUUGUACAAUGUUCUGAAAGAAAGUUUGCCUAUGCAGCGCUGACAGGAUGUCGGGAGGAUGAGUGUUAUAACGAGAGUCACACCCAAGCUUGCACAAAUUGCACAUGUCAAAAGCGAGCUCGAACAAUUGACGGAUUUGCAUGCGAAGUAACUACCAUUGAAGUUAGUCUCGACAAUUCAGCCAACACAGCCUGUUCACUUGAAGGCAUCACUACAGUAAACGAGAUAGAAAUAACAAAGGAUGGCCAAUUGUACAACUUAACAAGUGUUGGGCAAUCCAGCUUCACUGGAAAACUUGGUAAAAUGGACGCGCAAGUCGAUUUAACUGCAAAGACGGCUUCAUUCAGUAUUGUAAAUGUUUCAUGUGAAGAUGAGGGCUCCUAUCUGAUCAAAAUAGACAGUUUGUCGGAAGAAAUUAUCGUGGAAGUUUCAUCUCUACCCAAGCAGCCAGAAAUAUCGGUCCCUGUCUCGUCUUACUUAAAUCAGGAAAUGACUGUCCAGUGCAUGGGUUAUGUAGGACGAAAGUCGCAGGAGGCAGCCACCAGGCUUCAGUUGCAAACACAUGCUGCGGACGAGACUGAGUUCAUUGUUUACGGAGUAUUACCUACAAACCAGUCGAUGGAGUGUUCUGACACAACCUGUGAAUGCUACGAAACACUGUUCUUUUCAAUCUUUCCUACGUUGUCAAAGAACAAUAGCGUUGUUAGAUGUGCUGCAUUGGCUAGCGAUGGAUCACUGGUGGUUUCCUCAGAAGAAAAAGUCCUGAGCCUUGUCCAAGGAGAUAUUUACUUCUCCGGGGAAGAUGUGACAACAGCCAUUGGACGAAGUAUCAGUUUGCAGUGUGUUCUUUUAAACGGACUAGGUGCAAAUGGCGCAAACGUUCAUUUUAGUCCUAAUAACAGUGUGGGAGAUACUGAACUAUGCGUCGUAUCGCAAUCCGGUGUUGGAAAUUGUACUGUGGAUGGAAUUUGGGCGUAUGCAACUAAUAUAGAUUCCAGUGUGACAGUUAAUGUCACAAUUGGAAAUAUUUCCUGCUCUAAUGUUGGAAGAUACACUUGCACAUCGAUAACCACUUCGGCAAGUGCAGCUUCGAUUAAUCUGGACGCAUUUGAAUUACCAACUGCACCAACACUGAAGUUAUCACGACAAAUUAUUGACGGUCAAGGGACAUGGGGAGACAGAUUAUUUUAUUGUUCUGGCGAACUGGGCCCGGAAGGAGCUUUAACAAUAGAAUUGACAAAAAAUGGAACGUUUUUACCACUUCUUACUGUCAACGACACAGACAACGAUGUCGCUUUUAUACGAAAAGAUAAUAUUGUUCAACAAACAAGCACAUGCAACAAUGAGGUUACAAUUCCCUUUGCAUUUAAAGCUGCUCACGUUAAUAGUAAGCUUCAUGGCAAACGUUUACGUUGUAAAACAUCCCCGUUGGCCGGUCUAGGAUUAGACGUGCUGUACUCUAACGAAGAAGAAAUAAAAGUCGUUAACAGUUCUUUUUGUUUGGGAAAAGAAGAUGGAUACCACAGCCACCCAUUUCAUUGCAACCUUUAUAUACAAUGCGACUCUAACGGCAUUAGCGGAAUGCAUUCAUGUCAAGACAAUAACUGUUGGGAUGCAUCUGAUAAACAAUGCAAGCAAUGUGACCAGCUCGCUGUUGUAUGCCAGGUAGAAGAAAUAAACUGUUUCCCGGAACAAGUCCCAGUCUACAACGGUACGCGCCCGGGCGACGUUUAUUGUAGCCUUGUGAAUGUGGAACAAAUACACAUUUUGAAUAUAUCUAAGAACGGGAAUCUUCUGAGGAGCAUACCAUCACCUUUAGGAAUACAUAACUUCGGUCAGUUUAUAAGGCUAAGUGUUAAUACUGACGCUAUUAACGUAACGUUUGGAACUGCUUCUUGUGAAGACGAGGGCGAAUACUCGAUAGAGUUGAGCAAUGAAACUAGGACCGAAUUCUUUGUGUGGGUCGUUUCUAAUGCUGAGAUGCCGAUACUGAAUGUCAUCUCACCGCCAAAGCUAAAUCAGAAUCUAAAGAUGACGUGCACAGCAAUGCUUGGACGAGGCCUUGGUAGAACAGAGAGAACGCAGGUUGUGCUUCAGAGGCGAAAGAACGGUGAAGCUUUCGAAGAAUAUGAAGCCACUCAUAUGUCUGACUGUACAACUUCCCCGUGCGUGUGUUUCGUGGAGGCUGAAUAUUCAGUACUUCUCACCGAUUCUUGGAAUGAAACAGAUGUGAGAUGUGCGUUGAAAAAUACCAGCACAAACUUGAUCGAGGAAGAUCUUACGUCAUCGAUAUCGACACUCAUUUUAGGCGACACAGUGUCAAGUGAGAUGUCAGGUGAUCACCAAGUUGUAAUCCUUACCAUUGAGUCAAUGGGUUGCAUCGACGAGAGUGAAUACCACUGCACAGCUGUAAAGGAUCCAUUAACGUAUGCGUCCUUACGUUUGGAGGCACAAGCGGACCCGAAAGAACUUAUCAUCAGCAUGCCAUUGACGACUGUGGAAAAUAUCCCAACUCCUUAUACAACAGUAGACUAUUUGUGGUGUCUUGCAAACAUCGGGUCUGAUAUAAAUCGCGUCGUUCAAAUUGAAAUCCAAAAGAGCAGUGAUUCCAAAUUUAAUGCCCUUAACCUUAAGACCGCUGAAACAACAGGAACUACGUCAGAAAACUGUGAAAUAAAUGUCACCAUAACAUACAAAGGAAUUAAAUUCGACAAUUCCUACAAUAAUUCCAAAGCACGAUGCAGCGUCUACCAGAAUUCAUCAUCUACCGAUCCUAUUGUAUUCUCCCAAGUGUACGAUGUUACACUCCUGCCAGGUGGUACACUUUGA